AAAAAAAAAAAAGUUAGAGAGAGAGAGAGAGAGAGAGAUUUAACAAUAAUGAAUAAACGUUUCGCGCGAUCUCUCCCUCUGUGAAAUUGCAUAUUCCUCGCAUAUGUUUGGGAAUUCAAAUUCCUCAAAAGAUUAUCGGAAGAGAGAGCGAAUUUUCCGGAGGGGUUAAAAGGGGAGACGAUUCUGAAUCUCUAUCCAUCUGGGUUUCAGAGAAAGAGUGUUUUUGUGCGGAUUUUGAGUUCGUUUGCAGUCGCUGCGGCAUUGGAUCUGGGCAACAAGUUUUGCCGUCGCCGAAUUUCUCGUCGAGCUAAUGCUUUAUUGAAUGCUCGGCUCGGGAGGCAUCUAGAUCAGGUCUCUUCCAUUUUAUUACGCUUCGUUGGCCGUGCUCUUUUGAUUAAGAGUCAAUCUGAGCAAGCAGUAGUGCGGCAGGCUGAUGAAGAACGGGAUGAUGGAAUGCAGUGUGUGUCACUCCAAGUUAGUUUCCCCCACUACAAAAAGUAUAUCAAGGGCAUAUGAUCGGCAUAAGAUCAGAGUAUCAUCUAAGCAAAGAGCCCUAAACACCCUCUUGGUUGUAGGUGAUUGUAUCUUGGUUGGUUUGCAGCCUAUUUUGGUUUAUAUGUCCAAGGUGGAUGGGAAAUUCAUGUUCAGCCCAAUUAGUGUUAACUUUUUGACUGAGAUUGCAAAGGUUCUCUUUGCUAUUGUUAUGCUGAUACUCCAGGCUAGACAUCAGAAAGUUGGGGAAAAGCCUCUUCUCUCAAUAUCAACAUUUAUGCAGGCAGCACGCAACAAUGUGCUUCUUGCUGUGCCAGCACUUCUGUAUGCAAUCAAUAAUUACCUAAAGUUUAUCAUGCAGCUAUAUUUCAACCCUGCAACUGUGAAGAUGCUGAGCAAUUUAAAGGUUUUGGUGAUUGCUGUCUUGCUAAAGAUGAUUAUGAGACGUAGAUUUUCAAUAAUUCAGUGGGAAGCGCUUGCUUUGUUGCUAAUUGGGAUAAGUGUAAAUCAGUUGCGGUAUUUACCUGAAGGUACCACCCCUUUGGGUCCUUCAGUUACCAUGGGCGCAUAUAUCUACACGCUGAUUUUUGUAACUGUUCCAUCUUUAGCUUCUGUUUAUAACGAAUAUGCUCUGAAGAGCCAAUAUGAUACUAGCAUUUAUCUCCAGAACUUGUUUUUGUAUGGCUAUGGUGCAAUAUUCAACUUCUUGGGAAUAUUAGGAACAGUUAUUAUAAAAGGUCCUAGCAGCUUUGAUAUCCUACAAGGUCAUUCAAAAGCCACAAUGCUGUUAAUAGCUAAUAAUGCAGCUCAAGGAAUUCUAUCCUCUUUCUUCUUCAAAUAUGCAGAUACAAUUCUGAAGAAGUACUCCUCAACAGUUGCUACUAUCUUUACAGGCAUAGCCUCUGCUGCAUUGUUCGGUCAUACUUUGACUAUGAACUUUGUGUUGGGAAUAUCCAUAGUGUUCAUCUCUAUGCACCAGUUCUUCUCACCCCUCUCAAAAGUCAAAGAUGAGCAGAACGGGAUCACAGAAAUGGUCGAUGUGGAUAACCAGCGGUCAAAGGGUUCCUUCAUAAAUAUAGCAGCAGGAGCAAGUGAAGAGGCUAGUCAUCAUGUUGCUGAUGAGAGAAAGCCACUUCUUCCAACCUAAAAAUUUUUCUGGACAUGGAUUUGGUAGGAACUUUUGCCUGAAUCAUUGGACCAUAGGUAGAUGGGCAGCGGGUCUCGAACAUUAUCAAUAAAUUCUUUUUGAUGAGAUGUCCUCCAAGGUUGCAAUAGAGCAUUCCUCAGGUUGGUUUGGAAUAUGGAAUUUUUGUUGCUGCAGAUUAGAUGAUUUUAGAUAAUAACAAAAUGGGUAUUGUCAUACCAAGGUCUAUACACAGCCCUUACCUACAUUUCAAGUUGUGGUUCUAGUAAAAUGUAUUAUUAUUCUUUA